AUGAAGCAAGUAUUGGUAAAUGAUAAACAAAUCGUCUACCAGCAGUGUGCAGAUUGCGAAACAGGUUUGGUUGUGGCUUGCGAAAAGAUGGCUCUUGCUUUGAGUGAUAGAGGCAUAGGUACUUCACUAGUCAAAGCAGUCAAAGAUUUUAUCGAUGCGAAAAAUGAUAUGCGACUAACGGAGAAGAUGGUCGGGAUCGUGAAGUACGUGCUCAAUAAAAUUAAACUCAAUAUCCGACCUGUUAUUGGUAAUUGGGAAGAUAGCGUUUGCAGAUUGAUUCCAUUCCUUGAAGUCCAGUCCACCACCAACUCCAAUCAAUUCGCAAUCCAAAUCCAACAGCCGCACUGGAAGGCCAGAGAUAUACCUCAAGGGGAUAAAUAUCUGUUCCUACGUCUUCUUCCCACCAUGUCCAGCGCAAAUCGGUCGUCUUGUGACGACCCGCUUCGAGUCUGUAUCAACUGGAUAGCGCCAAAACCACCCUCUAGUCCCAUCUCGCCAUCCAACCAACCCGCCCACAACCCAGCACCUGCUGAGAAUGGAUCACAAGAACCGGCACCUAUGAUUCCUAUGCCAAUCCUCGUUCGAUCCAUAGCAGGUCCAGAAGCAGUCUCUAAGCCGGCGACCGAACAGGGCAAUAGGUGGAGUGAUCUGGGAAGGGUACUUAGAGCGCUGGAAGCCGCCAUUAGAGUGUUCCCGCCUCUCAAGGAGGUGGUGUCUGUCCUGUCUGCCUGUACAGCAGAAAUACGGGUCGCGGAACAAAAUCAAGGCGCUUAUGACCAGCUGGCCUUGGAUUUGGUGGAUCUAGUCCAGGCCCUACAGAAACGUCUCCCGCAAACAAAGCCACGGUGGAUGCCGUAUUCAAUCGAGAACGCCGCUCGGGCCAUUGGCGAGCAGGCAGCUCACAUCAAGGAACAGCAAGAUCGUCCAAGGUUAGGCCAGGUGACACGAGCUUCGGACAACGAGAUGGACAUACUUAGGUGCUAUCAAAGAAUCGAGCAUGUGUUCCGACAGCUACAGAUCGAUAUAUCGCUCAGUACUUGGGACUUGACUCAUGAACAAUGGGUGCUACUCACAAAGGAUACUCGUCUGAAGGACCUGACUCCGGUCCACGAAGCCUGGUACAACGCCGCGUUGACAGCGGAAAUGCAGCGACGUGGAUGCACUCCGGAUACUCGCGUCAAGAUUCUCAACGAAGCAAUGGAAUGGACCCGCAACCCGGACUCACCCAAGGUAUACUGGAUGAACGGCAUGGCUGGCACCGGCAAAACAACCAUCACAUAUAGCCUAUGCGAACAGCUCGAAAAGUCAAAACAACUCGGCGCCUGUUUCUUUUGCUCUCGUUCCUCGCCAGACUGCCGCGACGUGAACAGGAUGGUGCCGACGAUUGCGUACCAGCUGGGACGAUUCUCGAACCCGUACCAAAAGGAGCUAUGUGAAGUACUCAGUAAUAACCCGGAUGUAUCCAAGCGAGAAAUCUCGAUGCAGUUCGAGAAACUCAUAGCUGGACCGCUGUCGAAAGUAAAGGAUGCGAUACCUGAAGACGUGAUUGUUGUGAUCGACGCCCUCGAUGAAUGCGCUUAUGGGCAAGGUGCUCAACUACUGUUCGACCUCCUCUUUGACCACGCAGCAGCGCUUCCGGUCAGACUUUUCGUGUCCAGUCGACCGGAACCGGGGAUCCUACACUGGGUACAAUCCUCCGAGCGAAUAUCCCGAUCUAUCCUACAUCUCCACGAGGUCGAGGAAUCGUUUGUCGAGGCAGACAUAUAUACAUACCUGGAACAUGAGCUCAGAGAAGCUGAAGCUCAACCUAAAGAUAUCAAGCUGUUGACUGCGCGAGCCGGGUGCCUUUUCAUAUAUGCGGCAACGGUGGUCCGGUACAUUGAGCCCGAAAAUCGAUCAGUCAACCACAAGAAACGCCUUUCGACGAUGAUCGAGAUAACUUCUGGGACUUCAGGAAAAACAUACAGGGGGCUUGAUGAGCUUUAUUCGACUAUUCUUUCCCAGGCGUUUCGGAAUCUUAAGGACGACGAAGACGAGGCUCUACGCUGGCUGCUCCAUGUGGUCAUUGGCGCUCGGGAGUCGUUGACCGUUGCCGCUCUCGCCGAACUGACCUCUCUCGAAAGCGAGGACGAAGUCCAGCUGGCGCUGUCGCCCCUUCGCUCGGUGCUCAAUGUCUCGACGGAUACGAGGGUGGUGUCAACGCUACACGCAUCCUUUCCUGACUUCAUGUUGAGCUCGGAGCGGUCAAAGGAAUUCCAUUGCGAAAGGACGAAACAAAGUAUGCACAUGGCGACUGAGUGUUUUCGUAUCAUGAAGAAGUCGUUGCGGUUCAACAUCUGCAGCCUCGAGACGGCAUCACGAUUUGACAGAGAUGUACCGGACCUGGAAGCGAGAUCGAAGGAGUGUAUUUCGUCGGGACUGUUCUAUGCGUGUCGUUAUUGGGGUAGUCAUCUAUACGAUUCUAAACUUGCCGAUGAGCUAGUGGAAAUGGUGGAUGAGUUUCUCCAGCACCGGCUGCUGUUUUGGAUGGAAGUGCUGAACCUGAAGAACUGUAUUGGGCAUUGCUCUGACAUACUGCUGAAGGCAUUCAAGUAUAUACCGGCUGACGAUACACUGACUGAGCUUCGAGCUAUGGUACAAGACUCCCGCAACUUCGCCACCACAUAUGCAGCCAGCCCCACAUCAAACAGCACCCCUCACAUCUAUCUAUCCGCCUUGCCGUUGGCUUCGACUGAAAGCCGAGUGCGACAGGUGUACUGGCCACGCACCAAGGGGCUUGUGAGAUUUGAAGGCUCUGUAUUUGAAGACAGAAGGCCUGCAGCCCUCACAACAUGGGCCACAGGGUCGAGUGUGAACAAGCUAGCCCUGUCACCAGAUGGCAAGCGUAUGGUAUCUGCUGGUGAUGAUGGAACGAUCAGUGUGUGGGAUGUGAGUACAGGCAGACGCGUUCUUGGGCCCGUGAAAAAGCAUGGCUCCUAUGUUUGGGCUGCCACGUUCUCUCCUGAUGGGACAAUGAUCGCCUCCGGGUCCUAUGACCACAGGCACACCAAAACAAUUUGUUUCCUCUCAUUCUCGCCGGAUAGCUCAUAUCUCGCAUCGGCUUCUGACGACCAUACCAUCCGUAUAUGGAACCCCAUCACAGGUGCUCAGGUUGGCUCAGUGCUCAGAGGUCAUACGGACUGUGUGAUGUGCGUUGUGUUCACGCCCAGCGGAGACCAGCUCAUCUCAUGCUCUGACGAUCGCACCAUACGCAUCUGGGACUGGCGCACCGGCACUGCCAUCGGCAAGCCGCUCAAGGGGCAUACAGACUGGAUUGAUUGCAUUGCACUUUCACCAGAUAAUGUGCACAUCGCAUCAAGCUCUCGCGACUGCACAGUUCGCAUCUGGAACAUGAAACGCAUGGAGACAGUCGUUGGGCCACUGAUGGGACACACCGACCGAGUUGCCUGUGUUGCAUACUCAUCCGACGGCAAAAACAUCGUGUCUGGCUCUUUCGAUCGCAAAAUACGAGUAUGGAGCGCCGAGACUGGCGACCUGAUCGCCGGUCCAUUCACUGGACAUGGCGGCAAUGUGUACUCGGUGAUAUUCUCGAUCGAUGACACACAGAUCCUAUCUGGCUCAGGAGACCAGACCAUAUGCGUAUGGGACGCCAGCCAGAGCGCCACAGGGCCCAACAAGCGUACCAAAGGUCAUAUCGGACACACCACAUCGGUUGCAGUGUCUCCUGAUGGUAGCCGAGUCGUGUCGGGAUCUAGCGAUGGCACCUUAUCCAUAUGGGAGCUGCAGACUGGCAAGCUUGUUCUUGGACCGUUCAAGGGUCACGAUGGCAUCGUCUGGUCAGUGAUAUAUACUCCUGAUGGUACCUGUAUCGUAUCAUGCUCCGAAGACCGUACAAUUCGCACCUGGGACGCACAGACCGGGUUGACAGUCAACGAGCCCCUCACCGGCCACACUGACGUAAUUCUUGCAGCUGCAGUCUCACCUGACAGUCGGCUUAUUGCAUCUGGGUCAACGGAUCACUCAGUCAGGCUAUGGGACUUGCAGAGCGGGAGGCCGGUUGGAAAGCCGCUUGAUCAGCAUAGAGACUGGGUUAAAUCGGUGGACUUCUCACCCGACGGCUUGCGCGUUAUUUCCGGGUCUAAAGAUACGACUCUAUGCGCAUGGAACGUUACCGAUGGCACGCUUAUAUGGACGCGUAAGGAUUUUGCCAGUAUGGUUACUAGCCUGAGGUUCCUUCCAGACAGACAACAGGUGGUGUCUUGCUUGGCUGACGGAACGCUUAUGCUGUUGGAUGCGAACACUGGCGUUGUAGCCUCCGACCCGUGGAAAGGGCACAGAAAUGCCAUCUGGGAUGUUUCUAUCUCGCCCGAUGGUACAAUGGCUGCCUCUGGCUCAUUGGAUCGUACAAUAGGGCUAUGGGAUGUACAGACGGGAACGCUACUCGCGCCACUACUCCAAGGACAUACUGAUGGAGUCUUUUCGGUGGCGUUCUCGCGUGACGGCAAGCAUGUCAUCUCCGGCUCUGGCGAUGGCACAGUGCGCGUGUGGAACAUCGGGACUGCAAUUAAGAUGAAGGACGAGGCGGCAAGAAACUGGGUGGUGAUGGAAGAUGGAUGGGUGAUGGAAGCAGAGUCGGAGGUUGUACUGUGGCUGCCACCGGACUUGGCGUCCCGUUUCCUUAUCCCCCCUUGUUCAAGAAUCAUACACGCCUGCGGGUCUGUGCAAGCUGAUCUUGCUGAAGUCUCAAAUGACAAUCGCUGGGUGAACUGCUAUGAUCAGUUCAUUCAGCCGCAUUCACUUGGUGUAUAG